AUGGGAGACGAACGAUAUAUGAAUGCUCCACUUGGUGUAUUAUUUGUAACGAUGGGUGCAAAUCACGAGCAAAUUUCAUUUUCCUAUCCAUUUUCUUCGAACUAUAUAAUGACAUUUGAUAAAGAAUGUUCGCCGGAACAAUUCGUCGCGACAACUGCAGUACCCGUUCAAAUUUUGGCUUAUCUCCUUUCUGCAAAAGGCACAUGCGAGAAAUUCUUUGAGCUUAAAAUCGAUAAUAUUCGAUUUGCUGGUUUUCCUAAAAUUGUCUCCAAACCAACUGGCCGAUCUCCUCAAGCGUUCAAUAUUGUUUUCGUUCUAAUUGCCAAUGCUUCUGUUUAUUUAGUUCAGUCUUUUCAACUUUUAAGUAAAAAAUUAGCAAUUGCCUUAGAUGAAGAACAGUCGAGAUGUGGUUACUUAGCUGAACAAAUGACAUCCAUGUUAAAUGAUUGUGAUAAAACAGAUUCAUCUAUUGAAGGCGAAAGUCUUCCUUAUGCAGAUAUCUUGACUCGCAGUCAGCUCGCCCAAGAUCUUAAAGAUCUUUUUACUGAUAUAAGCGAGUUUGGCAUUGGUCAUAUCUUUAUUAACGAUUGUGUAGAGGUUGGAUUCUGUAUUGAAACUCGAGCUUUGAUUCAAGCAGGUUUGACUCCAAAGUCGAGAAUGGAAAUAGAAAAAAUAGUGAAACGUAUUCGACCAUAUCAUGGCAUUAUACUGCUCGGAAAUACGAUACCUAGUCCAGAUGCAAAUCCUUCUGUUCGGCUUUUUUUAAAGCACUGCGAUCCCGAUCGAAGUAUAGUUGGAAUAAGUGAUGCAUCCGGUCUUCCUUUGGUACAAGUUCUGCUUAUUGUACGACAUUUACUUCUUUGGGCUCGAGCUAUUAUAAUUUAUCCAUUAUGCAGUAGCAACGUAUAUUCUUCAGCUGCCUAUCAUAAGCCGAUUGUGAGAUUAUCUGAACAAUUCAGUGAGCUAUUUGAAAAUGCCCAACUUCCAGUAAUUUUGGCACAGUUUUCACCACCAUGCACCUUAGCCGAGUUUGUAAAUGCUUCAUUUCACAGUUCAGAAGAACAGCAAAUUCGCGUGAACAUGGUUAUCAGAUUGUUACGUGAUAGCCUUAUAAUGCAGCUUCACACUUUUAUAUAUUUACUUCCGUCUUUUUCCAGUAGUUCGGUUGAUGAAUUGGAAAUUGAAGCAUUGCGUGAAGAAAAUAUUCGCGAUUUAAUCAUUUCUUCAAAAUUUUCAAUGGAUAUUAAGGCUACUUUGGCACGGCUUUGUCUUUCUCUUUUAAGAAAUUCAUCAUCAGAACAAGUUGCUAAUAUGCUUAGCCUAUUUAUCAGGCUUUCGCCUUAUUUGAAUGGCAACCAUCAUGUGGAAGAUAUAAUGUAUAGAAUGAAUCUUGAUCGUUCCACUGUUGUGCGAAUUUUAGACACAUUUUCCUGUGUACUGAUCUGUUAUUCUCGUCCAGAAUUUCCCAGAGAUUGA